AUCUCUGGGGAUCUCCGAUGAUAUAAACGCGAAAACUUUCGCGGCAACGAUACAAAAACAGGAAGUUACGUCACGCACCAUAAACUCUGUGUGAAACUUCAGUCAUGUCCUCUUGUUCUCUCCCGCUGGUUCUCCUGGUUCUCAUAUGUGUUCAGUCCUUCACACUGGCCCUGGCUCCAAACGCACCAGAUAUAUGCUGUUUCACGUUCCAGAAGAGAAAGGUGCCUGUACAGCUCAUUACUAAGUAUGACGAAACUUACCCUUCCUGUCCAAACCCUGGAAUCAUUUUUACCAUGAAGAGCGGUCGUCGUGUGUGUGCAGACCCCAGAGAUCAAUGGGUGAAGGAUCACAUGAAUAACAUUGACCUGCGCCUUUAUGGAGGCACAAACCAAACUCAAGCGAGUGGUUAAAUAAAUCCUCCAUCAAUGCAUAAUUACUACAAACUGCACUUUCUAUAUAUCGAGAAUGGUUCUCUUGAAAGCGCUUUCUGUAUGCUUGGCCAAGUGUUUAAAUCCUCCCUCUAUCAAUAGAUAAUUACUACAAAAUGCACUUUGUUUAUGAAUUGCAUGCUGGUUUUGGACAGGAGGAUUACAACUUUUUGCAUAAAAACAUUUAAUCAAGUACACUUGCUCGAAACAUUAUAGCAUUAUUUUGCUCAA